AUGGACCUUUCACAUUUCGCCAGGUUCGCAACUCCUGCGGCUGAUGUCUUGAAGCUUGUGCCUGACUUAACACAACCUCUUCCUCCUCCUCCAUUCACAUCGACCAAUGAAACUCUCAAAUGGCUCUAUGAAGGUAGUUUCCGCGCUGAAGUUCCAUUGACCAUCGCCUUCAUCUACUUCACCUCGGUCCAUUUCUUCAAUAGUUUGAUCCGUAAAAAACAAAUGAAACAGGCCGAUGCUAAAGGGAUCAAGUACGAUAUCAACGAUGCCCACUCUUUGAAAAGCCUCCCGCCAGUGCCUGUGAAAAUCGCCACUACCAAGGUCUUCAAACUCUUGGUGAUCUUACACAACCUCGGGCUUUGCGUGUUUUCAAUAUGGACUUGUUAUGGUGCAGUGUCCCUUAUCAAGCACAGCAGUCACGACUACGCCCAACUUUUUUCCUCUUCCAUCGAUACCGCCAACGACUUCACCACCUACAAACACUUUGUUUGGAACGCCAUUUGUGACGUGGAUGAUGGGAUCUUCAACCCUACCUUGGAACGGGGGCUUUCAUUCUAUGCGUACUGGUUCUAUUUGUCCAAGUUUUACGAAGUUUUUGACACCGUCAUCAUUCUUUUGAAAGGCCGUCCUUCCUUGUUGUUGCAAAGUUAUCAUCACUCCGGUGCCAUGCUCUCGAUGUGGGCCGGGUCUCGUUACAGAGCUCCUCCAAUUUGGAUCUUUGUUGUCUUCAACUCGUUUGUCCACUCAAUCAUGUACUUUUAUUAUACUUUGAGUACCCUCCACAUCAGAGUGCCUAGAAUCCUCAAACAAUCAUUGACUACUAUGCAAAUCAUCCAAUUUAUUGUGGGGGGAAGCUUGGCCACCGUCCACUUGUUUAUCCAAUAUUAUCAAUAUUCCACAAAGACUUUCCAACCUUGUAUCAAGGACGGGAACCAUUUCUUUGCAUUGUAUGUCAAUGUCGGGUUUUUGUUCCCAUUGACUAUCUUGUUCAUGGCGUUCUGGGUCGACAAUUACGCUCGUCGUUUGGCCAGUUCUAAAACUAAAACUAAAUAA